GUUCAACGCCGGUCGAAGACGGGCGGUAAGAACAUCAUCUCUCCGCCGAAGACACAGUACGGGAAGAAGGUACUGAACUACGUUUUUGGUGGUUUGAAUUCCCUUAUGUGGAUUGCGUUCAUUCUCGCGCUUCUUUCGUACGAGCCUCUCGGCGCGCCCGACCCUCCUGUGUUCAACCUCGGUGUUGCUGUCCUCAUCCUGCUUGUUAUCAUUGUCUCAGCGACCUUUUAUGCACUGGUCGACUGGCAGGCCUCGCGCAUCAUGAGCUCUAUCAAAACGCUCAUUGCGGAGAGCGCUACAGUAGUGCGGGACGGCAAGCAACAGACGAUUCCAGCCAGGGAUGUGAUUGUGGGCGACCUCGUCCUUCUGUCCAUGGGCGAUCGCGUGCCCGCCGAUUUGCGGCUGGUCAAGGCGUCCUCAGACCUGAGAUUCGACCGGUCGCUCCUGACCGGAGAGAGUGACAUGAUACCGGGCACCCUCGAUACGACCUCUCCGAACGCACUCGAGACUCGAAACCUCGCGCUCACCUCGACAUUUGUCGUCCAAGGCACGUGCACCGGCGUCGUGUUCGCUAUCGGAGACAAGUCCGUCAUGGGCCGCAUCGUGUCGAUGUCGGGAGAAACCAAGUUCAAGCUCACCACCGUGCAGCGCGAGGUCUUGUUCCUGACGAAGAUCAUUUCUGCUCAGGCUUUAUCCUUCUUCUGCAUAGCCAUAAUCAUCUGGGCGGCAUGGCUCAGGACGAGCUAUCCUGGCUACGAGACGGCAAGUGAAGCGAUCGCCAACUCCAUCGGCUGCCUGACAUCAUUCGCUCCGCCGGGCCUCCCGAUAUCCGUUGCUGUGUCGUUGACUAUCGUCGCGAAGAAGAUGGCGAAAAGGCACGUACUGGUGAAGAACUUGGCAACCGUCGAGACGUUGGGCUGCAUGUCAGUGCUCUGCUCCGACAAGACCGGCACGCUCACGGUCGGGAAGAUGUCCGUCCAGAAUGUCGCGUUCAUCGACAGCCAGCAUAGAGUGGACGAGCUCACAACGCCAUCUUCAAUCCCAAACGCGAUGGCAGCCCUCCAAAUGACUGCUCGACUUUGCAAUGGCGCGAGGUUUGAGGCAGCUUCAGAAGACGUCCCGGUCGCAGAACGGAAGAUCAAGGGCGAUGCCACCGACAGCGCCGUAUUGGUGUUUGCCGAGAGCCUCCAUCUCCCCUCGCUUGGCAUAAAUUCAGCGUCGCUGCUCGCCGGCCACGAGAAGCUAUUCGAGGUCCCAUUCAACUCGCGCAACAAAUGGAUGCUCACUGUUGUCCGCACACUGCCCUGCAGUGCCGCGGAAGACGACAGCGUCUCUCCUCACACCUGGAUGCUCGUCAAGGGUGCCCCCGAUGUCCUCUUUCCCACAUGCACGAGCGUCAUGCGCUCCGACGGUUCUGUCGUGCCGAUCGACGUCUCCUCCCGUCGCCAGCUGUUCGCUCUUCAGGAACAAUGGAGUAGCCAGGGCCAGCGCGUCCUGGCGCUGUGUCGCCGCUCCCUGGACGACGUCAAGUUUGACGUGCAGAGCAUGCCCGCCAACGACGUCGAGGAGCUCAUGUACUCUGAACUGCAGGGUUUGACGCUUGUCGGGUUGGUUGGCAUCCGCGAUCCUCCGCGACCCGACGUCCCGGGCGCCGUCGCGGCGAUCCGCAGGGCUGGCGUCAGGGUCUUCAUGGUGACAGGCGAUUCCAAGUUGACCGCUCUGGCAAUCGCGAAGGAGGUGGGCAUCAUCACUCAGGAGCAGGUUGACACGGUCGAACAAAUCCGUGCUGUCGAUGUUGCAAAGAGCUAUGCAAAGCUUCCUCCGUCCCAGAUCAAGCCUGCAGAGGACAGUCCAACCUACUCUCUUAGCCUGACUGGAGACGACAUCGAGACCUUGGAGCCGAGUGAUUGGGACGUCAUAGUUGGGCGGUACACUGAAGUUGUCUUCGCACGGACGACGCCAGAGCAGAAGCUACGCAUCGUCGAAGAGAUCAAAGCCCGUGGAGACAAUACAGUGGCCGUGACGGGCGAUGGAGUGAACGAUGCGCCAGCACUGAAAGCAAGCGACAUCGGCGUGGCGAUGGGUAGUGGCAGUGAUGUCGCGAAGGAAGCAGCUGCUAUGGUUCUACUCAACGACGAUUUCUCGUCGAUCGUCAUAGCCAUUGAGAUGGGCCGCCUUGUAUUCGACAACUUGAAGAAAGUCAUGAUUUACUUGAUGCCUGCCGGAUCCUACACUGAAUUUGUGGCGGUGUUCACGAAUGUGUUCCUCGGGAUGCAGAUGCCGUUGAGCUCGUACCUGCAAGUCUGCAUCUGCGUUUUCAACGACGUGGUAAUGUCCAUCUCGCUAAUGUACGAGAAGCCCGAGUCCGAUCUCAUGAAACGGAAACCGCGGAACGCCCGUACAGACCGCCUGGCGGAUCUCCGAUUCUUCGUCCAGGUGUACUUCUUCAUCGGCCUCAUGAUGUGGCCUUGCUGCAUGGGGAUGUGGUUCCUGUAUAUGCACCAACAAGGUCUCGGUUUCUAUGACGUGCUGUUAGUAUACAACAAGUGGACCGACGGUUACAUGGGCUAUAGCCUCAAUCAACUCACACGCUUCGUUUCCAUCGGCCAGUGCAUCUUCUACGUGGCUGUGGUGAUCACGCAGUUCGGCGGACUACUCUCGGUACGCAACCGCCGCGUAUCUAUCCUGCAAUCCAAUCCGCUUUGGGGUCCGCGGCGGAAUCUUGUCGUCCCAGCGGGGAUGGCUGCCACAGUGCUCAUCACGAUUGUGAACCUGUACGCACCGGGGCUCCAAGAUGUGUUUGGGACUGCUCCUAUCCCUGGGAUGUUCUGGGGCAUCCCGUUUGCCUUUGCACUGGGUAUACUGAUAAUGGACGAGAUGCGCAAGAUGUUCGUGCGCACGCACCCGAAGUCGAUUGUUGCGAAGAUGGCCUGGUGAAUGGUGGCUCACAUCUAGACAGAACCUGUCCCUUGUAACUGAGCAACAGAAUGCAUAUGUUGGGGAGUUUCCGCCGCCGAAACCGGCGCUGCGAAAAGGGGGGCUGAAAAUUCG